CGGAGACUGUCUCUCGUUCCGAGUUGUCAUCGUAGCGAUCUGAAGAUUCCGUCAACGGCGCUGCUGCUGCGAUAAUGUCGGGGAAAAAGGCUACAGAGAAGGUUUCCGAGAUUGAUGCACAUAUCAGCAAACAAUAUGACAUUGUGCGACGUCUCGGCAAAGGGGCUUAUGGUAUAGUAUGGAAGGCAAUCGAAAAGAAAAGGAAGGAAACCGUCGCGGUGAAGAAAAUCUUUGAUGCCUUCAGAAACCAAACGGAUGCGCAGCGUACGUUUCGCGAGAUCAUGUUCCUACUGUCGUUUGCUAAUCACGAGAACAUUAUAAAACUGAUCGGACUGCAUAAGGCGGACAACAAUCGGGACAUUUACCUCGUUUUCGAAUACAUGGAAACCGAUCUCCACAACGUCAUUAAGCGGGGCAACAUCCUCAAGGACAUCCAUAAGGUCUUCAUUAUGUAUCAACUUUUUAAGGCAAUCAAAUACAUACACUCAGGCAACGUUAUCCACAGAGAUUUGAAGCCAUCCAAUGUUCUUUUAAAUGCGCAAUGCCAUUGUAAGAUUGCGGAUUUUGGUCUGGCACGCUCGGUUACGCAAAUCGGCCAAGGCGAUGGUGAGACAGGAAGUGAUCCAACUUUGACGGAUUACGUCGCUACACGAUGGUAUCGCGCACCAGAAAUUCUGAUAGCUUCAAAGAGAUAUACAAAAGGAAUAGAUAUGUGGUCCUUAGGUUGCAUUUUCGGUGAAAUGUUACUUGGAAAGCCACUUUUUCCUGGCUCAUCAACGAUAAAUCAAGUUGAGAGAAUAAUGAUAACCUUGCCUCCACCAACAGACGAAGAUCUAGUAUCGGUCAGCGCCGGUUAUGGAACUAAUUUAUUGGAAAAGACACCCAACAAACCCAAAAGGACUUUGAAGGAUUUGUUGCCAGAAGUGUCGGAGAAUGCUUUGGACCUUAUCAGUAAUUUGAUAGUCUUCAACCCCACACAACGUCUUACGGCAGUUGAAGCACUAGAGCAUUUAUAUGUUGCUGAUUUUCACAGAAAAGGAAAUGAACCGGAAAGGGGCUUCAGUGUUAUACCGUUGUUAAAUGACGAUGUGCAACUCUCAGUCGACGAAUAUAGAAAUAAGCUCUAUGCGAUGAUGGAUGAAAAACACCGGAAACAUAAAAAUAUGUCAAAAUCCAGAUUGCGGCGAUUGUCUGAAAGCAUUAGAAAGGAAACAAGGAACAGUAGCAGUAACCCUGUGAUCGAUCAAUGUGAUACGAUUGUCGCUUGUUCGUCAUUGUCUAACAAAAAGACAAUCAGACCAUCUCAAAGUGAUAAUACUCCGCGAGGCGUUACAAGAACACAGACGACGAACAAUUCCGUACAGCCGCCAGCACAGGAGACCUUAAGCCGUCAUAAUGUUAGAAGCAGUAUAACACAGUAUGCAUGUAAUUUGACGAAUGGAAACAUUAUAUCCCCAGCAGCGGCCAAAAGUUACUUCUACUUUAAUCAGCAGCAGCUGUCAAGAUCUCAACGUUCCAUUCAAUCAGAUCAGCCCAUGGUGAGUUACGGCGUCAGAGGCAAAUCAAACCAAUUAACAGCAACAACACAACGCAUCAAACCACGAAGAGCCAACAAGCAGCAGAUUUUUACACAGGCGCCAAGGCCUUUCAUCUCGGCGUCUGAUAAUUGGCACGGCGACAAUCAUUGGUUUAAAAAGAUGCCGACAAAACUGAUUAAGAUUAGCGACAGUCCGAAUACUAUUGAACAACCCAGCAACGUUGCAAGGACUUUCAUCAGGACCAUGAAUGUUAGGACUACAGGGAUUAGCAGUUCAGAAUCGCAAUGUAUCGGUCACCAAUCGCAGGCCAUCCGCAAUUAUUUCAAUCAGGUGCCAUUGCUGACUCAACAACAAUCCCAAGUGCGAAAUUGCACUUCUUGUCGCAGUAGGGACAACCUUGUUAACAAAUCGUUUGCUGUGGAUAUUAUGACAACCAACAAUUAUUUAAAAAAUGGGUCUCGCAGACAGGAUAGCAGAUUACACGCGAAGCACAGCUUCGACGUCAGCUACAUCGGUCAGAAAAGAUCGUCGGCGACGUGUAACAAAUUGAGGUUUCUAAACAGCCACAAUCAGAGUCAUGGCGUGAUAGCGGAAUCGGUUUACAAGGAUCUCUGUAACGGAACUAUAGGAUGGUGA